UGACUACACACAGUCCAAUUAAUAAGUACAAGAUGGCAAGCGAGGUAAAUGAAAUUACUGCUGAAGCGAGUGAAAAUAAUGAAGCGAUUACGGGAAGAAUAUCUUCGACAUCUGAGGGAAUGGCCCUUGCUUAUGGAAGCUUGAUAAUUAUGGCUAUUUUACCUAUCUUCUUUGGUAGUUACCAAGCUGUUAAACACCAUAAGGAGCAGCAGCAACAAUGUAAAAAAAGUGGAGAGCAGCCAGAUACAAUGUCUCGCAAAGAAGCAGCAAUAUUUCCUUUUAUUUCCAGUAUUACAUUAGUUGGACUGUAUGUAUUAUAUAAGAUAUUUGACAAGGAGUUAGUUAAUCAAAUCUUAGCUGCAUAUUUUUUUUUCUUAGGAAUCUUAUCUUUGUGUCAUCUUACCAGUCCUUUAAUUUCAUCACUAGUACCUGCUGCAAUUCCAAAAACUCAUUAUCACAUAUUAUUCACUAGGGGUGAAGGUGACAAGGCAGAACAUAUUAUCAAUUAUAAAUUUAACCUUCAUGAUAUUGUUUGUCUAAUAUGUUGUUCCCUUAUUGGAACUUGGUAUUUUCUAAAAAAGCAUUGGAUUGCCAAUAAUUUAUUUGGAAUUGCAUUUGCGAUUAAUGGUGUAGAAUUGUUACAUGUGAACAAUUUUGUAACAGGAUGUAUUUUGCUUUGUGGACUCUUGUUUUAUGAUGCAUUUUGGGUAUUUGGUACAGAUGUAAUGGUAACAGUCGCGAGAUCGUUUGAAGUACCAAUUAAGUUAGUGUUUCCUCAAGAUAUAUUGGAGAAAGGACUUACAGCUAGCAAUUUUGCCAUGCUGGGUUUAGGUGACAUCGUUUUGCCAGGAAUUUUCAUUGCUCUUUUAUUGCGAUUUGAUAAUAGUUUGAGUAGAAAAACAAAUGUCUAUUUUUAUUCGACAUUUUUUGCAUAUUUCAUGGGACUGUUAGCUACAAUGCUCAUUAUGCAUUUAUUUAAUCACGCACAACCAGCUCUGUUAUAUUUGGUACCUGCUUGUUUAGGUACUCCUCUGCUUCUAGCAUUAGUCAAAGGCGACUUGAAAGCAUUAUUUUCUUAUGAAGAUCAUCCAAUUAAUACGAUACAAACGGAAAAAUCGGCUCAAACACAAGUAGAAAUGAAAAAAGAUACAUAAUAUUUAAGGUGAUCAGUGUAAUAAAAUUUUCAGCAUUUUUAUUAUGCUGUUAUUCUAAAUUUAUCUUAUAUAGAAAAAAAAAAAAAAAAAAAAAGAUAGUUUGUCUUACGCUCAAGCUGUACAAUCAUGAAAUUUAAAAGUGUCAAUAUGUAAUUGUCUUACAUGCACACUGUGAAAUAAUCAUUUGGUUAUUAUUAAUAUAAUUAGUAUCCAUAUAUUUAAAUUCAAUUGAAUCAAUGAUUUAUAACUUAUUUCAUAUUUGUAUUGCUUUUCAUGAAUGUCAAUACAUAUGAAAAGAUUAAU